AUGAAUAUUAUCGUAAACGGUAGUAAGUCUUUAAAUAUGAUGUUGCGGCCAAUUUCUAGUCUUGCGUUGACAGAUACGGUUACUUCACAACUCAAGAAUCAUGGCUUUUGUUAUGUGAAUGACAUUUUGAGUGAAUCAGUAUUGCAAUCUGUUUCAGCUUCGGAAGCUACAUGUAUUGAUGCCAUUCAAGCGGCUAGACUUUGUUGUAAAGUACCCAAAAGCUUCUCUGCUUUGGAUAUCUUGGAAGAAGAAUUGCUACAGGCGAAGAUAACAACAUUGAGUCAAACGUUAGACAAUAUUUUAGACGGAGGAUUCCAAUGCAGAACUGUAACAGAACUGUGCGGAGCUCCUGGAUCAGGAAAAACGCAAAUUUGUAUGCAAAUAUCGAUCAAUGUUCAGAUGAGUGAAUCACACAGUGGACUGGGUGGUCAGACUUUGUAUAUAGAUACAAGGAGCGGACUAUGCAUCGCAAGACUGAAAGAGAUGGCAAUGGCUAGUCGUGUCUGUUUUGGAGACCGGAACUUUGACAUUGACAGAAUUUUGAAGCACAUAAUCGUUACUCAGCCGCAAUCGAUUGAUGAAUUGUCCACAGUUUUGGGAAACUUCAAUGAACUAGAUAAAAAUUGUCAGAUACGUCUCAUAAUAGUGGACAGUCUUUCAUUCCGUCGCUAUAGUAUCGAGAACACUUUUCACCGCACACAGAAAUGCUUCAGGAUAUUGGACAAGUUGAACAAGUUGGCAACGAGAUUUAAUUUGGCUGUUGUUGUCACAAAUGAAUUAGUUACUUCGUUCAUUGCCAAUGAUGAUUUAGUUCCAGCCAGUGGACUGCUUUGUGCUCACAGAGUUCAUAAAAGAUUUAUGCUCACACGUCUAGAUGAUAAUAAAUUUUCAGCUUGUGCUAUGAAGACUCCUACAAUGCCAGAAGUUUCGUCGAAAUUUCAGGUAACAGCAGGUGGUAUUAGAGAUAUUAUGUAGAGUAAUGGUAUACUGUCCAACAAUUAGUAAGACAAUGUUUUUUAUUUUAAGCAUUUCACAGUGAAUAAUAAUUUUUCGUACAUAAUUUCAUUUUUAUAUCAAGCCAUAACUUUUCAAAAAAAAAAAAAGCUGCAAACAACAUAUAUUCAUAAUCAGACUUGUACUCAAUAUUUCAAUCUUUAAUUGCCAGUGCCACCGACUAAUGCGACCAAUGUGUCUCUAUAAUCGCCUGAACAGUCAUCCUGUAAGAAUAAAACAUAAGAGUCAAUUUAUCUAUAGUAGAACUGUGACUUUAAUACGUAUUUUUUAUCAGACACAGUUAUUAGUUUAAAGGGAGAUUAUAAAUGAUCAAAAUUUGUUUAUCCAAUUAUUUAAGUUGAUAUCAAUUGAGAUUCGUUAGUUUUCUUGAUGGUGAAUUUUAGUUAUAAUUUGUAUAUGAAUAAGUCGUUCAAUUGUAAAUUUCAAAUAAUCGCACGCCUCAAUUAUUGUUAUGACAUUAGAAAAUAGAUGUCUGACCAAACUAGAUAGAAAAUUUAUUUGCUCAACUACCUUCACUUUCUCAAAAAAUUAACUGUGAUGACAUACGGAAUUAUCAUGAUGAUAGUAUUUACAUAAUAUAGGAUAUAAAUAUAAUACUAGAUCACAAGAAUAUAACAAAACGUUGUAUACUCAAACUUCAUUUAUUUAGUUCUGUAGAUUGUACAUUGACACAGUGAAAUGCUCUCUAAAUAAAUUUUUUUUUAAGAAAAUAACGUCAAAAGCAAUGAAAGCAAAAAUAAUUUCACAAUUGCAAAAAAUAAUAUCCAUAUAAAAUAUUGUAAAUAGCUCUCAAAACACAGAAAGUAGGUACUACGUAACUUGUUUUUAUAUUAAUGUGCGUGUGUGCGG